GUUGUUGACGUUAAAACUCGCCAUUGCCAUUGCGUUGGUCAUGUUGGUGCAUUAAUUGUAAAGUCAAUGAAUGACAUUGAUGAGACGAUUUGACAAGAGGAGACUGAGUGAUUUCAAUUGAACAACGUAAACAAGAGGAUCUUAUUCUAAAGCAGUAGCAGAAAACAACACCAGUCUAGAGGAACAGAGAAAAGACAAUGUUUGGUGGGGGAAAUAAAACCCCCUUUGGGGGGACGUCAUCCUUUGGGACAGGGAACACCAGCUUCGGCGCGGCCACACCCGCUGCGGGUGGCUUUGGCACCCCCAAUGCCUUUGGGCAGAGCACGCCUGCAGGAGGAUUGUUUGGAGCUAACCCGAGUACAUCUACUGCUGGCGGACUGUUUAGCGGAGGAACCACUUCAUUUGGACAGCCAAGCAGCACAGGUUUCAGCUUUGGGAAUAAAACCCCUGGUGCAUCCGGUAGUCUUUUUGGUGCUACCAGUACCAGCACAGGAGGGGGGUUGUUCCCCACGCCUUCUGCCUCGACAUCCUUUGGGGGUACUACAGCCUUUGGUGCAGGAGGGGGCAACAAACCCUUGUUUGGCACAAGCACCUCCAGCACAAGUCUAUUUGGUCAGCCAGCAACGUCCACCACCCCCUUUGGUCAGACAGCAACCCAACCUUCAGGGGGGCUCUUUGGAGCGACAACAGGGGCUGGGCUGUUCGGCGCUACCCAACAACAAAAUGGCACCACCAUCAAGUUUACUCCUACCACAGGGUCAGACACAAUGGUCAAGAAUGGAGCAUCCACCAACGUCAACACCAAGCACCAGGUCAUCACGGCUAUGAAAGAAUACACAAAUAAAUCAUUUGAGGAAUUGCGAACAGAGGACUACUUGGCCAAUCGGAAAGGUGGAACCUCUGGCGGCGGGUUGCUAGGGGCAACAGGAAUGACCCAACCAGACAACAAAACAACUGGUCUCUUUGGGCAACCUGCAUCCACAGCCAGCAGUGCAUUCAACUUUGGUCAAAACAAGAGCACAUUUGGAAGCACUCCCACCUCCUUUGGUACCGGUUCUAGUCUGUUUGGCGGCAACAGCAGUCAGCAACAACAACAACAGCAACAACAGCAGCAACAGCAACAGAGUGGUGGGUUGUUUGGGAACAAACCACUCUUUGGUCAGACUACCACCAGUACAGCAGGGAGUGGUCUCUUUGGCCAAUCAUCUGGGACAAGUCUGUUCGGUCAGAACCAGACCCAGCAAAAGAGUCUAUUUGGAGCAACGUCACAAACCCCAGGCACUGGUUUAUUUGGUAGCACUCCAGCUGCAGGUACAACUGGCUUUGGGACUGGAGGUUUUGGAACGGGCACUUUUGGACAGCAAAACCAGGGUGGCCUAUUUGGAAAGUCUGCGCCCAACUUUGGAACCCCAGCCAGCCAGCCAGGACUAAGUCUUGGAACCAAUACAGGGACUGUAGGUCUAUUUGGAGGUGCCAGCAAGCCAGGACUGACAUUAGGAGCUGGAACAGGUACAGGAUUCGGUACAACAGGUUUUGGGGGCAAUACUGGUGCUGGAUCUAGUCUGUUUGGAGGCAACAAGGGCACCACAGGCUUCGGCACCACUGGACUGUCUACAGGUGGCUUCGGUGGUAACUUGGGUUCCACCUUUGGUGGGGGCACCUCUAGUUCCCUCUUUGGAGGUAACAAGCCAGCGGGGUUGGGUACCACAUUUGGAAAUACAGGUACAUUUGGUGGAGGACUCGGGGGCACCACCGGCCUGACUGGUGGAGGACUAGGAGCUGCAUCUAUGAUAGGAGGUCAACAAGCCAAUGUAGAUCAGAACACUCAAGUUCAGCAGCAGUUGAUGACUCUCUUCAACUCACCGUAUGGAGAUAACCCUCUCUUCAAGAACAUACUUGUAGAUUCCGACAAGAAGAAAGAUGUCCUUCCUGGCAGUUCUGCUCAAAAGUCUCUCAGCGCUCCAUCACAUUAUAAGGUAUCAGCCAGACCAGGAGCUAAGCUACGACCCAAGCUGCUACAGAGAGGUGGAGGGAAGUCCAAGCUGUUUGAUGGGCUUGAAGAGGAAGACAAUACUCUCAACUCAGAGACCUUUGUUACCAGACGCAGCAUCAAGAAACUCGUUAUCAAAAACAAGGGAAGCCAGGAUGACUCUCGGAAUGAUAGCUUUGGUCAGAGGAGUUCAGUCAAGCCUGAUGAGCUUGCUUCACCCCUCCCAGUCUACCCAAGAGACCAGUCCAGAUCAUACGUGCAUCUCACACCAGAGAAGGAUGAUGAUCAUCCUAGACAGUCCAGUGAAGAACCAAACACCCCAGACAUUCCCCUCUUCAGCAAACCUAAAGUACUGGAAGAUACCAGUGGUAUGGACAGCAGUCCUGGCAAUAAGCAUGAGGACCCAGACUGCACCAUCCAUGCCAUGAAUGCCCAACCGAAGAGACAGCAGAGGAAACCCAGCGGCUCUGGAGCUGCACCACCACCACCACCCUCACCACCAGGAAGCUCCCCUCCCAACACUCCUCCAUCAUCUAGCAGGGAGCCCCUUAACCAGAGCAUAGGAAGCAUAGGGGAUGCAUCAUUGGAGAUAUCAGGAGAUGAUGAAGUAAUCGACCAGGAGAACCAACCCCCUCCCCACCCUGCCAAGGUGGUCCUACGCCGCCCUGGCUACUACACCAUCCCCACCCUAGGGGACCUGGCUCUGCUCACUGAUGCAGAUGGCAAUUGCUUUGUCGAUGAUUUCUCUGUCGGGAGGGAGAGGUAUGGCAGCGUGUUUUUCCCAGGAAUGACCAAUGUGAAAGGACUUAAUCUGGAUGAAAUUGUUCACUUCCGACGGAAGGAGAUCACCCUCUACCCUGAUGACACCUGCAAACCUACCGUUGGUACAGGACUCAACAAGAAAGCUGAAGUGACCCUAGACGCGACCUGGCCGAUCGACAAGUCUAACAGGCAGCCAAUCAAGGACCCUGAGAGACUGACCUCAUUGGAAUACGAGGAGAGAUUAGAGAGAGCCACAGCCAAGCUUGGAGCCAAGUUCAUUGAGUACCGUCCCGAGACCGGGUCCUGGGUGUUCCAGGUCCAGCACUUCUCCAAGUAUGGUCUGACAGACAGUGAUGAGGAGGACGGAGGACAGGCCCAGGCCCAGCAGCAACAGGCUCAAAAGGGAGCUAAAAAGGUGGAGAAAGCUCCUUCCAAGGAUUCCACCAAGCUACCUCCAACCAAGCAGAGGGACGACAAGCAGAAAUCCAGCAACACCAGGGCACCCCUCCAAGAGAAUGGGAGCAUCCAGUAUCUAGCUGAGGAGCCAAUGAGGGAGGAGUUUGACACUGAACCUGACCGGGCUGUACCAAGGAGCAGAGGAUUAGGGGGUCAGCAAGACCAAUUCAUGGCUGGAGAAGCUGGUGACUUUGAUACCUACAUGCCAUAUGAUGAUGCUGAUCGUGAUAUGCAGACUGGGCAAGAUGAGGUGAUAGAGGGAGGUCAGAGAUCGCUAGACGUCUCUCAUCGUCUGGCCGAGGCCCUCGGAGUGAGCUCUCACAGGAUGCAGGUCAUGAAGGCAUCAUUCUUUGGUGAGGAGGAGGAGGAUCAGUAUGCCCAUUCCGGAUCCUUCGCCAAAGCUCCAGGCAUGGAUGGAGAGAAGAGGGCACCAAGACCGUCACGGGAGCCGCUGUUUGAGCGAGAGCAGACGGGAGAUAUGUGGCAGGCCAGCAUGAUGGGUAGUCCAGCCAAGUUCCUUGCUGGCAUGUCAUCACCGGCGUUGAGAGGUAGAGUGGCAAGUCCCAUCCCGCGCUUCCUGAGAGAGUCCAUGGACACCAGGGACCAGAGAGGGUAUGUUGGACAAGCUCCGGUAAUGCCAGGUGGGAUGAGCCCUCAUGAGAAGAUUCCGAAGAUCGUGGGUUCACGCCCCCACCUUGGCCUGGUUCCUGUAGCGCAGUCAGUGGUAUGUGAGCGUCAUAAUCACAUAGCUGAUGCAGGACUCAUGAUGAGUCGCUCAUUCAGGGUUGGAUGGGGGCCUAACUGGACACUGGUCCAUUCUGGGAAUGCCGUCGGGGUCCAGGGGUUCAGACCUAAGGUCAAGGAGGAACCCAUGCCUUUCACUCUGCUGACAUCCAAGUCUACGGUUAAACCAACGACGGAAAGCUCCCCUUUCAAAGUGACUCUUGAGAAAGUGAACAUUGCACCUAUGUUUGGCAAGCCAGGUCAUUCAACAAGAAUGUACGAAAGAUCCCUCAAGGUAGCGCUAGACCAUAGUGUGUGUGCCACAGAAACACUCUGUCCUGCAUUUGCUCCACAAUCAGGUAUUGAUGCAUUACACAGGUAUGCCAUUGAAUCCGUCAAAGAUAAGAAAGAAGGUACAGGGGACGAUACAGAACUCUUGGAGCACACACGAUUGGUGUGGGCUCUCAUGGUUGCUCUUUGGGGGCGACUACCAGAAGAAGAAAGCAAAGGUCCGCUGGAUCCUAUAAGCUACCCGUAUCGCAAGGCUAGGAGGAAGGCCAUGUCACAGUGGCUCUCAGAUUCCUGCAGGAAGCACAUCGACAAUGAGGUCCAGGACUCCAAGUUCCGUCACCUGGGUCACGUGGAGGCCAUCUUUGCUCUUCUCACCGGACGGCUGAUCAACGAGGCGUGCCUCAAGGCGCAAGAAUCCGGUGACCACAGGUUAGCACUCCUACUCGCUCAGGCUGGGGCCACUCAUGAAGCCCGCCAUCUGGUGGCGACGCAGCUCAUUCACUGGGAGCAACUACGAGCUGAUCAGUUCAUCGCUGAUGAGUACCUGAAAGUGUACUCGCUGCUUGCUGGUCAACUGGUAUGGCAGUCAUCUAGAGGAGGGGUCAAUAUCUGUGAAGAUCUUGACUGGAAGAGAGCCUUGGCAGUGCACCUCUGGUAUCACAACUCCCAAGAGGCUUCCAUUAAAGAUGCUUUGCUUGCAUUUGAAGAUGGCUUCACUGGCAAAUCAUCUCUUGGGGACUACUGCCUUCCGCCCCGCCCUCCUUACAUGGAGAGUAACCCUGGCUUCUACAGGGAGGAUCUGAGUGCCUUAGAAUCGAUGGAUGAAGGAGAUGGUCUCAUGCCUAGUCCAGAUAGGUUUCCUGUCUGGGACAUGUGCUAUCAUCUGCUGAAGCUCUACUGUGACAAGACGCACCACAUGCACAACGUCCUUGCUCCAACGGCUCAUUCGCAGUACCAGCUGGACUAUAGACUCAGCUGGCAUGCAUUACAGGUCCUUCAAGCUUUAGGCUACGGUCAUCUCUCUGCCCAUCGUCAGGCUCACCUGACCAUCAGCUAUGCCUCCCAGCUUGAAUCCAUCGGUCUCUGGCACUGGUCAGCCUUCGUCCUCCUCCAUGUACCCAAUGACCUGGCCCGAGAGGAUCUCUUACGGUCACUCCUUGGACGUCACAUCACCCUUGAGCUGAGUGGUGACCAGCUGACCGCUCAGGAGAGCUUCCUGAUCCAGCUCAAUGUUCCUGUGGAGUGGAUCCACGAUGCGAAGGCGUUGAGGGCGCUGUACGAAGGCCGGGAGCGGGAGGAGGCCUGGCACCUCUUAAGGGCGGGGCGAUGGAAUGACUGUCAUAUGGUGUUGAUUAAGAAGAUAGCAGCUGAUGCUAUUAUCAAUGAGAGUUAUGGUUUUCUGAAAGGAGUACUGGACGAGCUGAGUGACAUAGAGAGGUCAGCGCUCAUUCAGGAUUGGUCAACCAAUGGUCAAGUCUACUUGGAUUUCAUCAAUAUUAAUCAGCGCUUGGAAGAGCUUGGUAGACGAGAGCCGACAACAUUUGAGGUGGAGAAGCUUCACCCUGACAUAGCAUCUCUAUGUCUGCGUGUGGGUGGGGUCUACUGCCAGACAGUCAAGGAUAGGGUCUGCCGCUCGGAGAUUGCCAAACGGACGGCCAACAUGAUGAAAGCUGUCCUCACUAUUCAGCAAGAGAGUCUGGCUAGUGCUGCAGGAUCCUCACCCACCAGGGGACUCAAUCCUCUCAUUCCAUCCCGGCUCCUGGCUCCUCAUGUCACCAAGCUCCCUCUUCCAGAGGAUUACAGUCUCCAGGAGCUACGUCAGCUUACCAGGAGUUAUACGCAAGAGCUCACUGCAUGAUUUCACAGACUUUACCAACAGCAUCUAAAAACCUUCCAUUUGAGCUCCCGGCUCCCCAUUAUACGCAGCUUCCUCUCGUAGAGAAUUAAACUUUCCAGGAGCUACGUCAGAUUAUCAGGAGCUUACCAUCUGAUAUUACAGACCUGCCAUCCAUUUGGGCUCCUGGCUCCCUCUCUAUGUCUCCCUCUUUUGUAGGGUGACUUUCUAGGAGGUACAGAGUCUACAUGUAGGAGCUUACUGCUACAGACCUAUUCAACCAUUGCUAUUUGGGCUCCUGGCUCCUGGCUGGUUUCACAUUUCCCAAGCUGCUCCUCGCAGAGGUUGGCCUUCUCCAGGAGCUGUAUCGGUAUGCAGGAGCUCACAGCGUGAUUUAACAGACUUGUCCAAUAACCUUCUAUGUUGGCUCCUUUCUCCACGUGUCAUCAAGCUGCCUUUGUCUCUAUACGCAGGGGCUCAUCACUUGACUUCACAAACCUUCCAUUUGGGCUCCCAGGUCCAUGUGUCACCAGGCUCAGAGCUCUGUGCUCUAGGCCUUGUGUUUAAGGUUUUGGGUUCUGGGUUCCAGGCUCUGGGGCUAGGCUCUUAGGUGAGGUGGGGGGAAGUCUUGUGGGGGGGGGGGGGGGCUCUACAUGUCACCAAUCUCCCCUCUUUCAAAACAUGGUUGUCCACAAGAGCUGCAUUGUAUUGGAUUACCAUGAAAAAGCUCACUUCUAUAAAAUAACAAACCCUUUUACAGUUGAUGUUCUUUGUAGAGAGUGGGAGCUAGCUGCAGUCUGCUCGCAGUGCUUGCCUGUCACCCCCUAACAUCAGAGUAGCAGAAAUGGUUAUGAGGCCACUGGAGCUGACUUUCUUUCUCUCCAAGCUUCUAUUAGUAAAUGGCCAACUGCUUUAUGGUAAUGUCAUCCUUUAGUGUUGCAAGUACUUCUAUAAUCAAUCAGACUUGUCAUGGAGAGGAAACGUGCGAGAUCAUUCCCCAAAUCCUCUUUCAUAAAGGGUACACUUUCUCAUAUUCCCACUUGUUUUGUCAUUAAUUAUCCAAUGUUAACUAUUAACUAAUUUUCCCCGAUAUUGAAGUCACUCUGUUUCUUCAGCUGGAAUCAUGAAGUAAGUUCAAAUUCAGUGAACAAUUUUUCAUUCUUGUCUGCGCAUAUGUAGUUUUUCCUUAAUUGCUCAAAUGAUCUCCCUACAUCCACAUGUAUUUAGUGUACAAAGUCGGCCUUUGCUGCUGUAGAUGAACGACAUUAAUCUACUUUCAAUCAGACCAACGCUGGUCAAUAUAUGCAGAAUAGACAGUCAAACAUAUUCUACCAAUGCUAACUUUAAAAAAGUAUAUUCUGUACAUGUUGUAAAUAUAUAAUUCACCUUUGGACUUGAGGGAAUUAAAAUGUAAUUUUGAUCACUUGUAUGCCAGUACCAAUACAUUUUUGUAUGAUCCGGACUGUCACUAAGAAUAUAAGUUCAUUGCUUUGGAUAUAUGAAGUUCUUGUAAUUAUUAAAAACUUGUUGUUCUUUAAUUCUGUGCUUUGUUGUAUAUUCUGUUGAAAAAUAAUUAUUUUCUAGAUAUUGUAUUUGUAAUUCCAGGGUUUCUAUGUAUUAAUUGUACCAAAGGAGAAUGGAAUGAUAUUGGUAUUCCAAACACUCACAAAAUGCCCAUGGAAAAAAUAAAUCCUAUUUUUGGUACUGUAGGUGAAAAUGCUGCAAAACUCGCUUGGCAACAAGUUAUCCAUGUCAGUAUCCCAGUGACAAUUUUUCAAUACUUUUGCUCUAAGAUCUUUUUCUUUUUGUACUAAGCCACGUAAAUCUGUCAUCGGUGAAUACUUUUGGGCAUUUUCUCCAAAUGUUAAUGAGUUGCAUAAUUUUACUUGUAUACAUGUAUCAUGAAAAUGGAUUAGGGGUGUAUGAUAAUGUUUCCCAUUGUUUUCUGUUGGGCUGAUGCUUCUCGAAGUCGAUCAAUAUAAAUGAGAAACUUGAAAAGUGGGUAGACCAAUAAGAAAUAUAAUCAGAGAUUUUGCUAUUUGAACACUGAAAAUACAACAGUCAAGAUCUUGUAUUUUUUUAUGCUAAAUGAUGAGAUAUUUAGAGAUGAAUAUGGUCAUGUAAGGGCUUGAUUAUCGUAAUGUAAUACAGUGUAUCACAUCCUUCAUUGAAUAUGAUUUACAAUUUUCUUAUCCUAUUCCAGUUUUAGUAAAGUUGUCACUUUAACAUACACAUAGUAGUGAAAUAUGCAUUUAUCUUUUAACGUAUUGGACAAAUAGCCUGGACAUGCCCAGUAAUCUAUGUAUCGUCUGUUUGGAACCAGAAGGACAUUAACUCAUAUAGUUUUAUCACAGAGUUAACAACCUUUUGGCUCUGAUACAGACAAUAUGUCAAUGCUGAGCAAACCAUGGAUUCAUUUGACUUGUGGCCGAGUGUUGCGUUAUGAUUUUAGAUUAAUUAGGGACAUACGAAUCAGAAGUACUGCUACCGUUUCAGGAUAACCGAAUUUGUCUUUAUAAUUUUUUAAUUUGAAUCAAAUGAUGUAUUUAAUGUCAAAUUCCAGUAUGUAGAAAAUGUUCUGUUUAAAUGAUUUGUCAAGUCAUGAAAGUCAUGAAAAAUAAAUGUGAUAUUGUCAGAA